AUGCCGUGUAUGUAUUUUUCACUGGUAGAUGGUGAUUCUAUCACAAUCGAUGAUCCUAGCAAUGGAUGCAUUAUAAUAAAUUUUGAUCAAUUUAUUAGAGUUCUCGAUAAUUAUGAACAAAACUCAAGGGUCUUUUUGGACACUCAUUUGUUAAAGAUUCGGGGUAAUGAAGAUGAGCAAGAACACCAUACAGAAAAACUAGUGUCUAAGGAUAAUGCGUCUGUGGGUCUAGUUAAUAUGCCUCCUGUACCUAUUCUUGUGUAUACUAGCCGUGCAUUGAUUACUGCUGAAUUUAGGGAAAUGAGUACUGAUGAUUCCAAGGAAGCCUAUCUAGCUCCGUUUGAUAAUGCUCUUAGAGAAUCAAGUGUUAAGAGUCUACCUUUGGAACGCCAAUAUAAAAUAUCCACUGGGAAAUUCAAUGCACGUGGAGCAAUCUAUCCAAGAAUACUUUAA